AUGGGAGAAGCUCCCUCCUACGCCAUUCUUUCCCACACUUGGGGCCCUGAGGAAGUAACUUUCGCGGAUUUCCACGAUGAAAUGACCAGACACAACAAGGCGGGGUUUGCAAAGAUCAAGCUCACUUGUGAGCAAGCCAGGACAGAAGCAAUCAAAUAUGCGUGGGUGGACACAUGCUGUAUCAACAAGGGAAGCAGCGCCGAGCUCAGCGAGGCUAUCAACUCCAUGUUCAAAUGGUACAGACUCGCCACAGUCUGCUAUGCCUACCUUGAGGACUUCCCACAACAAGUUGAAAUCGCUGAUUCAUCUAGCCUAUCAUGCUGCAGGUGGUUUUCAAGGGGAUGGACGCUACAGGAAUUAAUCGCACCUAGAAGUCUCGUUUUCUUCAUUCCCAAUGGCGAGACUUGGAGUGCUAUCGGACGGAAAGACGAAUUACACCUAGGACUCGAGGAGAUAACCAAAAUCCCUGGCGAGAUACUCCUUCAACAAAAGGCUAUCGAGACGAUCAGCGUUGCUGCCCGAAUGAGCUGGGCUGUAAAAAGGCAGACUACCCGGGAGGAAGACUUAGCGUACUGUCUAAUGGGAAUCUUCAACGUCAAUAUGCCUCUUCUAUACGGUGAAGGCACGAAAGCCUUCAUACGACUGCAGGAGGAAAUCCUGCGCGAAGUGCGGGAUAACUCCCUAUUUGCAUGGCGUUCGACGGAGGAGGCCGCAGUGAAGGCUCCUUACCGCGGUUUAUUCGCAUGCUCGCCGGAAGAAUUUGUCGACAGCGCUGACAUCCAGCAUUUUGAUGUAUACGAUGAUGAUUACGAAAGUACGACGUCGACGUUGGGCCAGGGACGAAUUUCAUUCAGCUGCAGUGUGCACGAGCUACCGGGAAGGAAAGACAGGGUGAUCCUCAGCCUCAAUUGUUUCCGGGGAGACUUGUCCAAUAGACAAGGCAUUGAGUGUGUCCGUGUCGGUCCUAAUUACUACAUGAGGUCCGAGCCAUCAAAGUUGUACAGAUGCUCGCUUGGCAGACUCAGGAGCGUCACCAUUGAUAAGCAUGUGGUGAAGACAAGAGCAAGCAAGGAUGAGCACGUCUACAGACUCGAUAGAGUAUAUCUCCGCGAUAUGGAUAACAACGUACACCUCAGGCUCCUUCAUUCAGAGGCAAAAUUGAGCGACAGACAGAGAGCCCCUCAAAGCCGGUCAGUGCCGUUUUCAUGGGCCCUUGGCCGCAAAAUGGCUUUUGAGAUCGGAAUCCGGCGGCCGGGGCCAAUCGAGGACGUACUCCUCAUACUCUUCUGGGUCGACAAGAUUCCAGGACCCGGAUCGCACAGCUAUCGUUUCAAUCUGGAAAAGUGCGAGAGCUCGGCUCAUGACGGGGAUGCGAAGCUCAGGUUUGAAAACGCGAUCAAACCAUCGCAAUCGUACCGAAGGUGCGACCUGGACUUUGGGCCGGAUGUUGUCAGCGUCGAGAAGAUUGUUGGGAAUCAAAGGGAACCUGACAUGUUGACGCUUGAUUUCCGUGUGAUCCUCUUCGUCAAAUCGCUUAGAAAAUCAGUCAACAAAAAAAAAGGAGUUGAGACAGUGGGAGGACUAAGGCAGGGUGGGGGGAAGGGGCGGCAAAAAGUCAUGCUUUUGACCAAAGGAGGCAGGACUACAGAUAAUUGCUUGAUUGCUUUUCCUAUCUUCUCUGUUCUCUCACCAAACAUCUGGAAUCUGGGCUUGUAG